AAAAACAACAACAAUAUAAUAUAAAAUGAAAUAAAGUUUUAAAACAAUAUUUGUAAAAAGUAAAAACAAGAACUACAUGUUUACUGAAUAUUUAGAGGGGGUUUUAUUAUAGAUUUCUUAUGGAUCAAUAAAAAUAUAGAAAAAAAAUUACUAAAUACUAAUGUAUAUAUAUCAAUAUAUCACAUACAUAUGAAUGAAGAAUUACUAAAGAACAAAUUGGUUGCUUGUAUAAUUAUUCUUAUCUGUAUAAGAUUGAUAUAGAAAUUGUCACAAUGGUCUGAAUUGAAGGGUGCCCACAGCUUCGCCUUGAUUUGCUCCUAAAUCCAGUUGGUAGUCUUGUUGUUUGCAAUCGCGGCAACAUCAGUUGGACUCAAUCUCCUGAUUGCAUACAUCAAAAAGAUUUCUGUUCCCGCUGGCAUUAAUUGAACAAUUUUGCAGCCAACGCGUGUGGAUAUCGGGCUUUGGUCGAGACAAUUGGUCCGGCACACGCACAUGGCUAAUGAAUGGACACCACCAUCACCGGCUAUUGGGGCAGAGACCGAGUCGGUUGUCGGGGCAACCGGCUGUUCGAUUAUGGCCCAUACAAAUUGAGGGGGGCUAAUAUACACACUCGCUGGACACUCGGACCGUGUUGACGUUGCGCUUGUCACUGCACAAAAUCGAUAGUUUUAAGGAGUAUGGUGCAAUGCAUAUACAACGAACUUCAUACGUGAACCGCUUGAGAGAUCAGGAAAUCGAGUUUUGCCACUAAUCCUAUAAAUGCGGCAAAGUGGCGUCCUGCUUUUACACUUGCAUGGGACUGAUGCGAACAGUGGGUGGGGUCAGUGGCGGCAGCGACGACCAGAUGCCAGAAGAGACGGUAGCCACGCAGAAUCACUGCCCGACCUACAGACAGAUUCCAGGUGUUGGAAUGGCUGCAGGAUCGGCACCAGCCAAGCGAGUCCCAGUCCUAUUCUCCACCAAUCGAGGACUCUAUCUUCGCCUGGCCCAGCCACUAGGUGAUGAGAUGGAGGUGCUGACGCUACAGCCACGAGGACAGAAUUACAACAUCAGCUUCUGCGAUCUGGAACGCUGGAGUACGAAUCGGGCCAAUGUGGUCAGCUUGGAAGAUACCUUUACUAUCAUGCAACAGCGUAAUAUGUCGCCGGAAUCCCUCAGCUAUCAACCACGCCUUUGGAAAAAUAACGUCAGCUACAGCCUGAUGCACUGAACUGAAAGCAACUCAAUUCAUAAAUCCUAAACAAUACAAUAGCAGUUAAUCGAUGGUCGAACAAUUUGUAUGUAAAACUUAUUACAACUCUUUUACUUUAAUUAAUCCCUAA